UGUUCUCGAUGUUGUAUUUGCCAUCGAAAUCACAAGCAGUAUGUCUUCUGUUCUUAAACUGAAAAAAAUAGCUGGUGCAGUUAUCAGGAAGUUUAGCAUUGGCAGCACUGAUACUAAGAUUGGGUUGGUUGGUUUCCGUGGUGGCAGCAUCAACCCAAUGGUUUCCCAAUUGAAAGAACGAAAGACUCAACCAGAUCUUAUCACCUUCCUUAAUGCAUUGACUUUCACAGGCCCAGGUGUUACAGCAACACCCACAAGUUACAUUCAAAACAGGAUGUUCACUCCAACAAUGGGCGACCGAUUAAACGCUGGUAACGUCAUUGUGAUCAUGCAACCAAAUACUAUCUCCAUAAACAAAGGUGGUACAGUUGUCAACGUAUCUACAUCUUCCGUGUUCGAUGCCGUCAUGAGAGUAGAAGCUGCCAUUCGUAAAUAAUGCUGAGGAUUGAAUGAAUAAAGGACCUGUUGCUCUAUUUCGUAUAAUCAGAAAAUAAAUGCAUCUUGAAAAAUCAAA